AUGUAUUCAUUGGUUGUUAUCUUAUUUAAAUAACUUGUUAUAUCCAUCGUAUUCUAACAAGAAUUAUCCGAAGAAAGCAAUAAACUAUUCUAAUAAAUCAUUUAAAAAAAAUGCUAAAUUCACUCUGAUGAAGACUGUAUUCACUUAAGUCUAUAUUUUAAAGAUCAAGCACUAAAAGAAAUAUGUAAAGAAGAAAUAGCCAAUAAACACAAAGUUGUGCCCUUAUAAACAUCCAUAUAAUCUUUAAUAGAGAAUUGUAUUUUAUUGAAUCAUUAAGCUUAAACCUUAAUUGAAUAAAGUAAAUGGGAUGAUGUUAUUUAACUAAGUAACUUAGGAUUAAAGAAAGAUGUGAGCAAUAUCACUUUCUAUCAACAUAAGGGUAGAUUAAAGGAAAUAUUCUUAGCAAGAGCUUUACGAGAAUAAGGCUAUUUAAAAUAAGCAAUUGAAGUUUGGGAUCAAGGAGUAUAGAUUAAUUUUUGGAAUAUAGAAUUUUACAAUUAGAAAGGUAUUAAUCUAAAAUAUAUAGCUAAUGAAUUAAGAAAUUAAAGUAAAUUCACAGAAGUGAUGGGAUUUUGGGAUGAAUAAAUUUAAAAAGAAAAAAAUAAUAUUUAUUUUUAUUAAAAAAAAGGUAUGAAGAAUAAUAAUUUUAGCUGAUUGUCUAAAAGAAUAAAAUAGGUUUUAAGAGAUCUUCAAUUUAUGGGAUGAGGGAAUUAAAUAUAAUUCAAAUAAUAUUACUUUUUAUAUUGAAAAAGGUAAUAUUGGAAUUUUAUCAAUAUAGCAAAGCUACUAGAAUAACUUGGUAGAUCUACAGAAGUUAUAGAUAUGUGGAAUUAGAUGGUUAGAAUAAAAAUAAAUGAAAUUAAUUUUUAUAAAUAAAAUGGUAUCAACUGUUUCACAUUUAUAGCUCAAACAUUAGCAAAGUAUGGCAAAUUUUAAGAAGCCAUAGAUUGUUGGGAUUUUGGAAUAGAGCAUAAUAAAAAUAGUUAUUUAUUUUAUUAAGCAAAAUGUAAAUUUUAGAGAAAUAAUGUUUUAGAGACAGAAUUACAAUAGUAAGGAAAAUUGAAUGAAAUAAUUUAAUUUUGGGAUCAAUUGAUUUAAUAAAACCCAAACGAUAUAUACUAUUAUUAAUAAUUAGGUAAAUAAAAUAAUUAAAUCUUAUAGCAAUCAGUUUAAAUGAAUAACAAAAAUUUGAAGAAGUAAUAACAUUGUGGAACCUAGGUAUAUUAAAUAAUAAAAAAAACUAAUCUUUUUAUUAAGAAAUGAGUAAAUAAUGUUAUUUAAUAUUUUCUUAAGGCAAGGCUUUAAAAGAUUAAGGAAAGAGAAAUGAAGUCUUAGAAUGUUGGGAAAUAGGCAUUUAAAACAAUAUAUAGAAUCUUUAUUUUUAUUAAGAGAAAGGUAUUCAACCAAUAGAAUAAUUUUAAGCAAAUACUUUAAAAGAUCUUAAAAAGUUUUAAGAAGUCUUAGAAUUUUGGAAUUCUUUAAUAAAAAAUAAUUCUUAAAAUCGUGUUUUUUUUGAUGAAAUGGGUAUCGAAAAUUUAUAAUAAUAUUUAGCAAAUGCCCUAAGAGAUUAAGAUAAAUUACAAUAAAUAAUUGAUAUUUGGAAAUUGGGGAUUGAGCAUAACAAGAAUGAUAUAUAUUUUUAUGAGAAAAUCAGUAAAUGCAUAAUUAAAAUUUUAGCUUAAGCACUAAAUGAUUAAGGUAAAAUUCAAGAAAUUAUAGAAAUUUGGAAUUUAGGAAUUGAAAAUAAUAAAAAGAAUAAAAUCUUCUACUAAGAAAAAGGUGAAUCAAUAAUUAAUUUUUUUAGUUAAAGCUUUAAAUGAUUAAAAUAGAAUAGAUGAAGUUAUAGAAUGUUGGAAUUAUGGUAUUGAAAAUAACAAAGAUAAUUAAUAAUUCUUAAUCGAAAAAANAAAUAAUAUUACUUUUUAUAUUGAAAAAGGUAAUAUUGGAAUUUUAUCAAUAUAGCAAAGCUACUAGAAUAACUUGGUAGAUCUACAGAAGUUAUAGAUAUGUGGAAUUAGAUGGUUAGAAUAAAAAUAAAUGAAAUUAAUUUUUAUAAAUAAAAUGGUAUCAACUGUUUCACAUUUAUAGCUCAAACAUUAGCAAAGUAUGGCAAAUUUUAAGAAGCCAUAGAUUGUUGGGAUUUUGGAAUAGAGCAUAAUAAAAAUAGUUAUUUAUUUUAUUAAGCAAAAUGUAAAUUUUAGAGAAAUAAUGUUUUAGAGACAGAAUUACAAUAGUAAGGAAAAUUGAAUGAAAUAAUUUAAUUUUGGGAUCAAUUGAUUUAAUAAAACCCAAACGAUAUAUACUAUUAUUAAUAAUUAGGUAAAUAAAAUAAUUAAAUCUUAUAGCAAUCAGUUUAAAUGAAUAACAAAAAUUUGAAGAAGUAAUAACAUUGUGGAACCUAGGUAUAUUAAAUAAUAAAAAAAACUAAUCUUUUUAUUAAGAAAUGAGUAAAUAAUGUUAUUUAAUAUUUUCUUAAGGCAAGGCUUUAAAAGAUUAAGGAAAGAGAAAUGAAGUCUUAGAAUGUUGGGAAAUAGGCAUUUAAAACAAUAUAUAGAAUCUUUAUUUUUAUUAAGAGAAAGGUAUUCAACCAAUAGAAUAAUUUUAAGCAAAUACUUUAAAAGAUCUUAAAAAGUUUUAAGAAGUCUUAGAAUUUUGGAAUUCUUUAAUAAAAAAUAAUUCUUAAAAUCGUGUUUUUUUUGAUGAAAUGGGUAUCGAAAAUUUAUAAUAAUAUUUAGCAAAUGCCCUAAGAGAUUAAGAUAAAUUACAAUAAAUAAUUGAUAUUUGGAAAUUGGGGAUUGAGCAUAACAAGAAUGAUAUAUAUUUUUAUGAGAAAAUCAGUAAAUGCAUAAUUAAAAUUUUAGCUUAAGCACUAAAUGAUUAAGGUAAAAUUCAAGAAAUUAUAGAAAUUUGGAAUUUAGGAAUUGAAAAUAAUAAAAAGAAUAAAAUCUUCUACUAAGAAAAAGGUGAAUCAAUAAUUAAUUUUUUUAGUUAAAGCUUUAAAUGAUUAAAAUA